GCGGCUGCGGCGCCUUCCCAUCCUGGCAGGGCGGUCCGGCCCCUCGCCCGGGCUCGCGGAGGAUGGAGCAGGCAGCCUUGCGGCACGCUCAGGCCAGCCCGCCAGCGCCGCUAGGGCCAGAUAACACAGGUACUUCUGUUGGACCUCAGCACGGCUUGGAAAGUUCCUUCUAGUAUUUCCCCUUUCAUCUCCAAAUCCAUUCCUUCUCUUUCCUCCAGAAUGUCCCAGGCAGGAGCAGUCAUGUGCUUCAAUUCUGAGAGAGACCAUGCCAUGUCACCUCAGCGCUUUGCUCAAGAGCUGAAGAGGAGGCCUUGGCUGUCACCUUCCAAGAAUGUGGAACCUGCUGCCUUUAACCCCGAGCACUGCCUCACGCCUAAUCUCAACGCUGGCAGGAUUCACCUUCUCCGCAAAGGACUGACCACAGAGGCCAAGAGGUCCCAGCUGGGCAUGUACAAUAGUACUGGUUCCCUCAUCCGGAAGGUCACGGAAAUAGGUUACCUUGGCAACAGCAACUGCCCCAGCUCGGGGAGAGUGACAGCUCCAUGUACCCCACUGAGAAGCAGGCCUCCACCCUCACAAUGUUCCCCAGGAAGCCGCAUUCCGCUGGGGGCUCCAGUCCCUGGUGGUCAAAGCUCUGUUGUGACCUUUCGCUUUAUUGAGAAGGCCAGUGUGAAAACUUUAAAUGGCCUCCCUCUGGCAGAGUCUAGGAGGAAUAGUGGUUUUAACAGGAGCCUGGAACUUGGGGAAACUCUUCACAUUGGAAGUCCUCCCAACAGGCAAGGAAGUGGUUGCCCCACUGCCCCAAAUCAGCAUUCUCUGCAGCAUAAUGCCACAGUGUCCCUGGAGCCUGUUGCUCGAGAUGCAAGUGAGAGCAUAAAAGUGAAGACAAAUGAGUCCAGCUUGGCCUGUACUGGUCCUGGAGGUGAACAGGCCUCACUGACCCUCAGCGGUAAAGGCCAGGAGCACCUUACUCAUAAGCUGAAGUUGGAGACAUCUGCUUCAGACCCUCUCCUGGCUGGAAGCAGGUUCCUUUUGAGUGCACAGUCCUCCCUGAGCCUGGGCAAUGGAAGUCCACAUCCUCUCAGUGCGAACUGUCUCUCCAGCUCCCUCACCAAUGGGAUGAGCAGCCCUACUAAUGAUAUCUCAGUGCUUCAGAGAAGCCCACAGAGUGGAGAGUCACAGUACCAGGGAAGUCUGUGGGCAUAUUCCCGAGAAAGCUCCGCCCAUGCUCAGCGCAUUGCCAAGGCUAAGUGGGAAUUCUUCUAUGGCUCUCUAGACCCUCCUGGGACAGGCUUGCCUUCUGAGAAUGCAGCUGAUCCUCCAUCUCAGCUCCUCAAGAAAUGCAGUCACCUGAUUCAGCCAAAACCAGACUGGAAGGGACCCGAGCACAGCCUGUGCCAUGUAGAGGUAGAAAUUGAGAUGGCUCCACCAGGUAGUGCAAAUCCUGGAAACUGUGAAACUGGAAUUAUCCACAGAACUGUGAAGUAUUCAGAGACUGAUUUGGAUUCUGUCCCCUUGAGAUGCUACCAUGAGACCAACAUUGAUGACAUCUUGGCUGAGAAAGAUGAAGUGGAUUCAGCCAUUGAGAGCCAGAAGGACAGCGAGAGCAAUCCAAGUUUCACAGGAAUCUUGGGGAAAGGGAGCACUGUUCUUUGGGAACAGCACACUAGAGAAGAUGAUCGCAAGUGUCUAAGAAACAAGAUGCAAGACAAUGAAGAUGAUGAGGUAUUUGAAGCCACACAACAGCAUCAGGAGAGGAUCAUCAACAGAGAUUCCCAAGGGCUGCUCAAGUCCCCAGUGCCCUUCCUCCUUGGGCACAGCCUAUCGAAGGACGGCAUGGAUUCAUUCAGCAAGCAUUUUGAGAGUAUCAUGGAGUCUCACCGAGCCAAAGGGACCUCUUAUACCAGCUUAGAUUCCAUUGACAUCCUGUCUUCUCCAGCUCACAUGCACAGUGGAACUUACUUCACCUUCGAUCUCCCUACUCUUACCCCAGAAAUACAGGAGCAAAUUCGAGAGAGUGCAAAGCUCAUUGAGCAGAAUUUUGCUCCUCUGGCCCUCCUGGAGCCAGACUCUGGGACCAGUUCUGUCACUGAUGCUCCCUGGACUGAGCAGGAAGAAGACCCAAGACGAGGAAGGAGAAGUGGCCUGCAGAGUCCUUGUCACUCUGAUGAUAGCUUGGGAAUUCCCCUGGCCUCCAUCAUUAGUGAGCAUCCUCUUAGUCAGCUGGUCUCUGACUCCGAUUCCGAGAUGGACAGCACAGAACAACUAGCCCUGGGCAGCACGGACAGUCUCUCCAACGGGCACAAGGCUGAUCUGGAGGCUGCUAAGCGCCUGGCAAAGAGGCUGUACAAUCUGGAUGGUUUCAAAAAAGCAGAUGUGGCCCGCCACUUGGGGAAGAAUAAUGAUUUUAGUAAAAUGGUAGCAGGAGAGUACCUCAAGUUCUUUGAAUUCACUGGAAUGAGUCUGGACCAAGCACUUAGGUCUUUUCUAAAGGAGCUGGCCCUCAUGGGUGAGACUCAGGAGCGGGAGCGAGUCCUAGCUCAUUUUUCACAGCGUUAUUAUGAAUGCAAUCCCAAAGCCAUCUCUUCUGAGGAUGGUGCCCACACUCUGACCUGCGCCUUGAUGCUCUUAAACACAGAUCUUCAUGGACAUAACAUUGGGAAGCGAAUGUCCUGCUUGGAUUUCAUUGGGAACCUGGAAGGACUCAAUGAAGGGAGCGAUUUCCCCCGGGAACUGCUCAAGGCUUUGUAUAGCUCCAUCAAGAACGAAAAGCUACAAUGGGCUAUAGAUGAAGAACUGCGCAAGUCCCUUUCAGAACUGGCAGACCCCAACCCAAAAUCCAUCAAACGUAUCAGCAGCUGCAGCAACCCUUUCUUGGACUUCUCACAGGAUCCCAGCAUUGCUACGUACAAGCACGGCCUCCUAGUGCGCAAAAGCCAUGCUGAGCCAGAUUGCAAAAAGACCCCAAGAGGAAAGCGGGGAUGGAAGACUUUUCACGGGAUCCUGAAGGGAAUGAUCCUGUAUCUACAGAAGGAGGAAUACAAGCCUGGCAAGACCCUGGCAGAGGAGGAGCUGAAGAAUGCCAUCAGCAUCCACCACUCCUUGGCCACCCAAGCAUCAGACUACAAUAAGAGACCUAACGUCUUCUACCUCAGGACGGCUGACUGGAGAGUCUUCCUCUUCCAGGCCCAGAACACAGAACAAAUGCAUUCCUGGAUCACACGGAUCAAUGUGGUGGCAGCCAUGUUCUCGGCCCCCCCAUUCCCAGCUGCCAUAGGGUCUCAGAAGAAAUUCAGCCGCCCGCUAUUACCCAGCUCCACCACGCGGCUGUCUCAGGAGGAGCAGGUGAAGAGUCACGAGGCCAAAUUCAAAGCCAUGGCAGCAGAGCUGCUGGAGCACCACUCUGCCCUGCCGGAGAAGAAGGUGAAGGGCAAGGAAUACGAAGAACUGAAGCAAAAGGAAGAGUACCUGGUAUUUGAGAAAUCACGCUAUGGGAUUUAUGCUACGUUGAUGCGUGCCAAGCUGAAGACAGGCUCCGAGGACCUUGCAGUGCUGGAGUCUACUUUGUUUGACACAGCAGCCAGCACAGAAGACAGUGUGAAAAAGUCCCAAUCCAGCCCUUCCUUGAAUGAGGAGCCAGCUGGCACAGGUCCCAGGAUCAAACGCAGUAGUCGACAAGCUGCCAGCAAUCUGCAAAAAUCCUAGAAGGGACAGGUGCCUGCCAGGAGGGUGGCGUGCCUGUCCUGAAAACGUGCAUGAUUUCAUUCGCUGUGGGCAAGAGCCACACCAUAGAAAUCCAGACGGCAUUUUGCUGUGGAACAGAUCCUGUAUCAACUUCACCAGCCAGAAGGGGCAAUGUCCUAUCCUGACUGCAGUCCCAGUGUGCAUGCGGCCUCCCUGGUCUCAUGAGACUCUGGCUCUUGAAUGAGUGAAGCGACCAAAAACCCUUGUGUUAACAAAUCACACAGGGCUGUUUUCGAAAUCACACAGCAAGAAUAUUUUUUUCCAUUUCUUGCAAAAACAAGAAGGGGUGGAGGGACCAAAUCCUGGCUGCCUCUACACUGCACCCCCUUUCCUUGCCAGUUUCUUACUGUUUUUGUGGUAUUUUACAUUUUUUAGUACCUGGCAACAUCGAAUCACACUGGAGUAGGGCUGAUGCGACAGAAGAUAAAAGACACUUGCUACAUUUAGUGGGUUGUUUGGCCUAGAGUUUGGGGGCAAAGGCCCCUAUUCCUCCUGCAGACACAGUGCUUGCACUCAAUGCCCAGUUCCUUCACCACCACCAGCUGUCCUGGGCUAAUUUUCCACCAGCACGGCCUGGACCUUGACUUGCCCCAAUACUUGUUCAGCACUUACAGAACCUACCAGGGGUUGGCACUUUGGCUUCAAGACAAGGGACCAGCACUAACAGGGUAACCAGGGACAACGGAUGCCUUCUAGGUGGCAGCCUGACAAAGCCAUAGUAGUGAGGGGUCCAGGAGCACACCCCCUCUAGUCCUUCCCCUCCUCCCUAUGGUGAUCACUGUGGAUGAGGGGCAUGUUGGCCUAUUUUUAGGCCUAGUUAGACCCUGGCCUUCAUGUGGAAUUUACACACUGCAGGUGCCAGAUCAGGUUGGCCUGUAUUCCUAGCCAGCAAGCGGGGGGAGGAAACCAAGGGCCAUUUCCCAUCCUGAGUCUGCUUAGGGCUUAAGGGAGGGGGAAGGGAUUCUAAAACUGGCAGGAGUAUUUUCAUCCCCAAACCCUUAGCUGCACAGAUAACCUGCUCCCCUAACAUGUCACUUCAAAGGGCUUUAAGACUAUGACUCCAAUACUUGCUUACAACAACAUGCUUGCAGAAGAAAGCGAUAGUCACAGGGAGAGAAUUAUGGGUCUAAGUAAGCCAAGAUUCUGCAGACACAAAAAAGGCUGAGGCCUACAGCUGUGGCUGGGUGGAUUCCAGGGUAGCGAGUGGGAGGAGAGCGCCAUUCCUAAAAGCAAGCGGCUGGCUGUUUCCAACACUCUGAAUGUGUCAAUUUUUUAUUCUGCUCUUGAAUUGACUGUAAAAAACACUAAAGAGCUCUGUACAGUUUCUUCCUUCAAUUACUGAAGUAAAACCUA